AUGGAUUUCCAUGUCGCCCACACCCUGGAGAACGGACAGCAAUUCUGGGAUGGUAAAAGUGCCCCUUCUCUACACCAUGUUUCUUGAUUCUGUGAUCGCUGCUGACCUUAACAGAGCUAGACGAUGACGCCAGUUCCUAUUGCGAAUUGGCGAUAGAAGUUCAUUGACCACACUCUGAUGUCUUAUCCAGAAAUCCCCACCCCGUUCACAGGUGCAAUGCCCCUCCCCGAACACUCUCCUCCUUGUGACAGCUACUUCCUCCCUCCGUUGUUUCUACCGGAAUUCCCGACGUUAGGGGUCUCCAGUUUUUUGUUUACUCGGCGGCAUAAGUUUUGACACAUAGAGGUUGAAGACGAGCACUUGGUUUCCUAGUACGAUUUUGGCGAAGUGUGCUUACAAGGUCUUGGAUUCUCCAUUGUUUACGGAAUAUCGAGGUUAUGUCCGCCGGCGCAUGAUCGGACUGUUAAGGGAGGUUGGGCCCGCCCACGUUUUUAGGCCCAGUUCAGCCUUCCUUCGGCGGGGGGUAUUGAGUGGCUGACGAUGGUGCACAGGGGAUUUUGGCCCUUCAAUUGCACACCUCGGUUGUGCUCGUUCUGUUGUAUGAUGGCCGGGGAGCCUGGAAGACAUUUGAGGUGGUGUUAGACGAGGACCAUUUUAUCAGGUUAAUCGACCUGGCUCAGGAGGAGAGGGAUGGGGAUACAAGGCUCCACCGGUCACUUGAAGAAUUGCUUUACGAGGUGUCUCGAAUACAGCACUUGAGACGCGAACACUUGGGUAGAACUUCCCGUUAGCUAUUUGGCAGCUAGGAGCUUCGAACGCUACUGACUCCACAAUAGAAGUGAUUGAUGGAGAAUUCAUACCCUAUCUUUUUGGGUUGGUGGAGAGCGAUCCUGAGCAGCCUAAUGACCCAUAUCAUUACCAGGCAAUCAUAAUUUUGGUAUGAUACGUACAGUAUAUCUCCUCCAGGGUUAGCUAACACUGCGCUCGGACUGACCCCUCGCUAGCUUGCAAUACAUGUUGUUCAGCCCAUGGCCCUACUUCAAACCCUGCAGACCCACCGGCCACUCCAACGAAUAAAGUUGUGAAAAUUGUCUGUUAUCAUCGUUCUACAUUCAAGACUUUUAGGGAGAAUAUCAUCCUUCUGCUUAACCGUGAGAGCGAGGGGCGUAGCUUAAUGGGAGCUAUAGUUUGACAGAGGCUAAUGAUCCGGGGCCACUGCAGGUGAAACUGGAUUGCAAUCGUUAAUAAAUACCAAAACUUCUCUACCUCCUCUUCAUCACGAUUGCAACAUAUGAAUACUAUUACACAAAUGACCUGCCGGUCUUGAUGGACGUACGUAAUGAUUUGCAACAUCCUAGCCCUUCCGGACAAGUCCACACCGGUAACGGUUCCAUGCGAUCGGAACCCACUCUCAGGCAGGCUAUACUAAUAUGGCGAAAAACCAGCUCCGAUACCUACCUCCGCGUCCGAUACCCACUCCUAGAACACACGCCCCGCCGCACUACAAGCGUGACCAAGUCCUCAAACUCCGGGAAUAUUUGAGCGGCAUGCGAAGCAACCACUUUCAACCAGUCGACAAAACAACCAUCCCUCUCGUCUCGCGCCGAGGAAAUGCCCCAUGGAUUUGACCGGUGCCUGGGGAGAACAGAAAAAUGGAGAACCUGGUGCACAGGUCCCGGGGAUUAAGUCUGGCAUAUCAGGGUCAGAGCUUCACCGGUUUGAUAGAGGUGGCCUCCAAAGCAGAGAAUCCAGGAGUCAUCACUACGUCCAGGAGAUUGAGAACUGGGGGAACUAAUUCAGAUGGCGGUGGUAAUGGAAGUGGGGUGGGGAUUGCUGGGGAGGCG